AUGUACCCACUUUGUUCAUACCUGAAUUCUCUCAACGACAUUGAAGCAAUCAGUUCUGUUGGGUCUGAGUCCUCCCCUAUAACACCUCGUGUCGACUUUCAUGACCUCCCACAACUUUCACAGUCCGAUGAUGACGACUUUUCAUAUAUACCAACUGGUGACCAAAAAUGCCUCGAGGUGCUUGCAUUCAUGACUCAUCAACUCUCCCGAUUUUCACUCCGCACUCUAUUGGAAACAUUGUUUUCCUCCGAAGACAGCACAAUUAAACAUCACGCAAACAUAUUUCUAGCUGGUGGUGGACCUCAUCAGCUGAUGAAUCUAUGCCAGUUUCAAGAGUGGGUAGUCGAGAAGGCAGCCGAAAUAUGUUCGCAGGAAUGCCCAUACUAUGCAGAUGCUCUGUCGCUUUGUGUAUCCCCAAAAAAUGUGACUUUUGACUUGGUCAAAAAGAUGAAAUCCAUCAUCCUCACACUAGUAGUACUACCAGUGUUCGUUCCCCUCAAGACCCGCUGUGUCAAUCUUCACCCAGCAAUAACCUGCCUUAUAAUGUGGGACAACCAAGUUCCCAAGCGUGUUGUUCAACUGUGGAAUCGUUAUGGUGCAUCGUCAUCGCAUCCUUUCCAAGGACGUGCAAUUUUUCACCUCAGCCAAGACUCACUUUGUGUCACACAAGCAGUUGCCAAUGACGGUACCAAAAUCAAGCAGUUGCCAUAUGACAACUUCAACUGGAUGUCACAAGCUUGGGAAGUAUCAGCUAUCCACGGGUCGGCACAGCAUGAUCAGGUAUCUGCAAUGUUGGUUGUAUUGCCAAGGCCGGAGGAUGUCCCUGCAUCUUAUCUUGCCAAUGUAGCUCGUUUUGAUGCACUCACUGGGUCGUGA